AUGAAACUGUCAAAAGAUAAGGCUCCUGCACUAUUUUCCCCGCGCGGUUCCGGCCCGGUUUCGCUCUCCUCAUGGGUGCAAAUUAGUCCCUAUAAAAGUAAGCAGUACAUUCACAUUCUUCCAUUCGACAUUAAAUUCAACAUUAUGGCCACCUACUCUGACUCUGACUUCAACUCUGCGCACUAUCAAAGUGCUAGACCGUCGUAUCCGGCGGCUUUUUACAAAACUCUCUUGGACUACCAUCAAAAAGGCCCAGCUUCUACCGACUUGGCCGUAGAUGUCGGAUGCGGAUCAGGAUUUGUCACAUUCAAGCUUGUGGAGUUUUUUAACCAUGUUAUUGGAACGGACAUUUCGACAGUGAUGAUUUCUCAGUGCAAGAACGAUGAGCGAACCAAAAACUUGGAAGGUAAAAUCUCGUUUGUGGUUGCACCUGGCGAAAAGGCACCUCAAGAGAUAUCUCCGCAGUCUGUUGAUAUGGUCACAGGAGCAGAGUGUUGCCAUUGGAUGGACCACGACAAGUUUUUCAAAGAGUGUGCUCGCAUCUUGAAGCCAGGAGCCACUUUGGCUUAUUGGUUUUACUUAGACCCUAUUUUCGUUGGACAGCCGGAAGCAAACAGGAUCUACACCGAUUUCACAUAUGGGUCCUCUGUUGAGAAGCACAACGACUCGUACGAAAGAUUUGUUGGGCCUUUUUAUGAACAGCCAGGGCACGAGUAUCUUAGAACAGCAAUGGCAGAAGUUUCUCCCCCCAGUGAGCUUUUUUACGACGUGGUAAGACACCACUACAACCCAUUGGUUCAUGAUGAAAACUACACCACCCUCUUCAUCAAGAGAAGAAUCACCUUGAACAUUUACAAGGACUACGUCACCAGUUGGAGUGGAUACCACAACUGGAAGAAAGUUCACGGAGAUAAGCCUGAUGCAGCGGAAGAGUUCAUCCAGAAUUUGGCACAUGCCAUGGCCGUGGAUCUUGAAACCCCCGUUGAUAUUAUUUUUCCCACGGUGUACACUUUUGCUCGGAGAAGAUGA